GGGGGGGGGGGGGGGGGGGGGAGAGAGAGAACAGCGGAGCGAUGGCAACGAAAAAGGCGUGCGUGGAUGCGCCCAAGAGGAGCCGGAGUCCGGUCGUGUUGGAGGCUGAGAUGUUCCGGGAAUUUCAGGACUGGUGUCUCCGAACUUACGGGGACUCUGGCAAGACAAAGACCGUCACCCGGCGAAAAUACAACAAAAUCAUGCAGACACUGUUACAGAACGACGAACCGGACGGGGUGUACGUGGACAACAGCCACAUCAACGCCAAAUUCAAAUUCUGGGUGAAGUCCAAAGGCUUUCAGGUCGGAACCAACGUUCUGGGAGAGCACAACAAGAAGGGAGCGCCUGGGAAGCCCGUCCUAUACGUCCCGGUCAAGUCAACGUGUUCAGAUGGGAAUUCGGCCCAGGACAACUCCUCCCUAAAGCGGGUUGCAGUUGUCGAGGACUUCUUUGACAUCAUCUAUGCCAUGCAUGUGGAGAUGGGUGCCGACCCAGGCCGAGCACCCAAGCAUGCGGGACAGAAGAAAACCUACAAAGCGAUAGCGGAAACCUAUGCCUUUCUGCCCAGAGAGGCGGUGACUCGGUUCCUAAUGAGCUGCGGAGAGUGUCAGAAGAGGAUGCACAUUAACCCCAGCACUGCGGAGUUCAAAGAAAAUGACCGACCCACCUCCCUGGUCCCCGACCUCAUUGACUACAACAUGCCUCUAACUGCCACCUACCUGAAGCAGAUGAAACUGCAGUGCAUGACAGCCCCCGAGAGGGAUGACAGUUCGGUGAGCAGCGAGGAAAUGAAUAACGCUGAGCCCACUUGGGUUGCAGCUGAACAGCCAGCAGUGCCUGAACCGAGGUCAUCCAAUGGAGAGCGGGUCAGCAACCCGGCCGCCAUUGUCAAAGAGGAGGAUGAUGAUGACUCUUCAGAGAGCAGCAGCGCCAACGGGCUGCCAGCCCUGACCUCCCCAGAGGUGCUGGCUGUGGGUGCAAACCCCCCAGAUGGAGGCGCUUCCUACGGGGAGGUAGCAGAGAAUGGGCUGAGCGCUCCCCUGGACUUCAGCACCACCUCGUCCUCGUCUUCGUCGGAGGAUCAGCAGCCGGUUAAUCUUAGCGACAGACUGCUGCCGGCCGGGAACUCACCGCCAAACAGCUACGCUGCAGACCCAAACAAGAAGUUCCCCAUCAAAACAGAGUUCUCCAACAAGUCACCCCCUUACAACUCAGGGAGCUAUGACUUGGUGAAAACAGAACGGAGCAUGAGUGCCGAGGACUUGACCUCUGGUCGGGCGCAGAUAAUUGACGAUGACGACGACGAUCACGAUGACCAUGAUGACAACGAUAAGAUCAAUGACGCUGAGGGGAUGGACCCUGAGAGACUCAAAGCCUUCAAUAUGUUUGUGCGUCUGUUUGUGGAUGAGAAUCUGGACCGCAUGGUGCCCAUCUCCAAGCAGCCCAAGGAGAAGAUCCAGGCCAUCAUCGAGUCCUGCAGCCGCCAAUUCCCAGAGUUCCAGGAGCGCUCCCGUAAGCGCAUCCGCACCUACCUCAAAUCCUGUCGCCGCAUGAAAAAAGGCGGCUUCGAGAUCCGGCCAACUCCCCCUCACCUCACCUCUGCCAUGGCUGAGAAUAUCCUCGCUGCCGCCUGCGAGAGCGAAACCCGAAAUGCUGCCAAGAGGAUGCGGCUCGAUGUCUACCAACCGACGGAUGAGCCCGCCUCCGUUGACAAACCCAUCCCGAGGGAUCCUGCCCCUGUUGCGCCAUCAGGGUUCGCCAUAGCCAGUGCGGCUUUUGCCCAAGACCAACUUUACACCAACGGAGGCCUCAACUACAACCUGCGGGGAUAUGGGACAGUUGGCAGCACCCAGCAGAGCUCUAAUGCUGCACAAACCAAUGGUCCCACAGACCUGAGCAUGAAGUCCGUCGGCCCAAACUCCUCCUCCUCCACAUCCAACAGUCACGGUCAGGGAGGAGGUGGCGGCGGGACCUCCGCCCAGCUCAGCCCUCCGGAGGUGACGGCGGUGAGGCAGCUCAUUGCCGGGUACCGGGAGUCUGCGGCCUUCCUGCUCCGCUCUGCAGAUGAGCUGGAAAACCUGAUUCUGCAGCAGAACUGAGUCCAAGCCAAACCGUGCCAACGCCCUCUCCUCCCCUCAGCCUGUCCUUCUCUGUCGCUCCGUGUUUCACACAUUCUGUCAGACUUUCACAC